AUGUCCGAGGCGUCAGGCAACCUCAAUAGCCUACGCAUGGCGAACGUGGCCCUGCGAGAAGAAUUAAAUGCCCUUCGCGGGGAGAAUGCCAAUUUGGGCCUUCAGCUCGGAAGAGCCCUGGCCGAGGUGAAUUCCUUGCGGGGCAAUGUGUCCAGCUUCAUCCGCUGGCCGGUGCCCGUCCUUGCGGAGGAGAACUUGGAGUUCCCGCUCAGCGAGAUAGACGCCGUGCCCGAGGGCGAGCUGCCCUUCACGCGCUGGCCUCCCCCACGCACGGGGCCCGAGUGCGCCUCGGACGAGGUGCCGGCCAACGCCACCCAGGACUGCGGCACCUCGGAGGGCCAGGGCGACCCUCCCCCGCAGCCCAGCCCGCCCCCGCAGCCGGUGCCCCCGGCCGCCUCCAAGGAGCUGCCCGCGCAGCCCCCGGUGCCGCCUCCGGAGCGGCCCGAGCUCGAGCCCUUUGCAGGCGACCCGGUCUACCUGCCUGAGUUCCUGAUGCGGCUAGAGACCUUCAUAGCCGACCACGAGGACCACUUCCCCGGGGGUGCCGAGCGGGUGGCCUUCCUGGUCUCCUUUUUCACGGGCGAUGCCAAGGACUGGGCUGUGUCAGUCACCCAGGAAGGAAGCCCCCUGCAUGCCAACUUCCCGCGCUUCCUGGAUGAGAUCCGUAAGAAAUUCUGUGGUCCCAUCCCCCCGAGCGUGGCGAAAAAGGCCAUCCGCAAGCUCAAGCAGGGAGACUGUACCCUCGGCAGCUAUGCAGAUGCCUUCCAGUUCCUGGCCCAGUUCUUGUCCUGGGAUGACUGCCGCCUCCAGAACCAGUUCCUCAAAGGCCUGUCCGAGUUCUUCCGCAAGGAGCUCCUAUGGUCAACUGAAAUGGCUGACCUGGACGAGCUGAUACUUGAAUGUGUGGAGAUAGAAAGAAAAGUGCGCGUCCCCAAGCCGAUCCCGCUCCCCGGGGUGCGCAAUGUCUUCUUCCCUUUCGCUGCAGACCCCAAUGUCGAGGGCAGCGGAGAGGAAGAGCGCUACAGUGAGGAUGAAGACGCAGAGGUGCGCAGGCGCAGGCUUCAGGACAAGGACCAGCGGAGGCGUGUGAGGGCUCUUCAGCAGGAGAUGAGGGAGCAGGAGGAGAAGAGGAAGAAGGAGGAAGAGAUGAGGAAGGAGGAGGAGAUGAGACAGAAACAGGAGGAUGACGACGACGAUGAGGAUGAGAUCGUGGUGGUGGACGACGUGGACGAGGAAGAGGAGAUGAGGAAGAAGAGGGAGGAUGAAGAGAAGGGCCAGGAGACAGGCCAGGAGCCAGAGCAGGAGCCAGAACCAGAAGAAGAGACGGAGGAUGAGGCCCAGGAUGACGACCUGGAUGAUGUGAUGGACGUGGAGCCGACCUUUGCCAACGCUUCAUCCCAGACUACGGGCUACUAUCACGAGAAUUUCCUCGAUACGGCGCCUCCCAUAACACAGCCCAGCAGACGGAGGAACCAGAAUCGAGUCCCGCUGCUGGAGGGCCUUCCGGGCACCAAUUCGCCCUUCCACAGCUCACCGCCCCUGAUUCGCCGGGCGGGUCGCUUGGGGCAACGCCAAACGCGAAGACGCCCCCCCGUGCUAUUCCGCCUCACUCCGAGACAGGGGGGCCACCGGGCUGCACGUGGCCGAAUUCGCGUGUGAGUGCUAGGGCCAGAUGGCCACACAGAACACACCCUUCUACUGCGUCCCUUGCCCCUGCUAUUGCUGCCACACCUGCCCCAUUUUUCUGACCGGAACUUAAGGGACUUCCAGACCUGAAGAACCUGAAAAAGCCCUGUAGAACUUCAGCCCAUCUUGCAGCCAAGACCGCGCAGGAAAGGAGGGGCCACCAAUAGCUGUGCUCUUGACUGUGCACUCUGCUUAGUCCUGCCACAGCUAGCCAGCAGGUUUCUGGGCCUGUUCCCGUCAAUGAACUGGUCACCCCCUCGUAUUUCCCCUCUAGUCGUGCCUAACCCUGUGAUUAUGGUUUUAUCAACACUGACUGGCUCGCCAGGCCUUCACCCAAUGCCUCACUGAUCUGCCCCAAAGAGCGGAAGGACAGGCUACACUGAACUCCUAAUGCCACCGAGGCCACUCACUGCAUAUAAUCGACAGCAGGAUGAGAUCAAGAAAUGUGCCUAGAAGCCCACACUGGCUUCGGUCUCCAGCAGAAGGGUCCCGAAGAGGACCCUCCAUCUAGCCCAGUGAAGGUGGGCAAAGCCAACAUGUCAAAAGGACAUUUCACUGAGGUUUGUCCUUCCCACAAACUACUGUAUCAGGGUCCCUAGAUCAGCUCGCCAAAAUGGGGCCUUUCCCUUGAUGUUGCCUGGAAGAUGAGGGAGUAGGAGGUGGUCUCCUCCCCGGGCCAGUUCUUGGACUGCAGCCCCAGCCAAAGAUCUUUGUGGGAGACUUGCCAUCCUUGGGGGGUUCACAGGAGGCGUGUCGGGCCUUUCCUUCCUGGACCACCAAGGCCUGCUCUUUCACUUCAAUGUGAGGGAUUCCUUAGUUCUCGGAAGAGAGAGGAACUUUCUGUCUACAGAGACUGUGGCCUUGCAGCCAGGCCGUCCUCGCGUCUCUCACAUGGAGGCCUGACACUGGGCUUCAAUUAGAUGGUAAGGCUGGAGAGGGUGACUGCCUCCUAGUAACUCUUGGGACUUCUGGGUACACACCUAGGGACCCUCAUAAAGAGUCCUGCUGCUUGCCGUGGGUCCAAAAGACGCUGCUUCUGCAGUGGAAAGGACACACUGUGUCACUGGCCUCAGAAUGGCAGCCGGAUCCACCGCUGGCCUGAACUGCCCUAGACACUGAGCUCCCCGCACCGUGCCUGGCAGCUGGGUGGGUGCGGCCCAGGUGUCUGCAGCCAGAGGGAAGAAAGCCGAGGAACUCAAGCCUCUGUCCCUCACCGGCGUCUGGCUGAUCCCCCGCCCAGCCUUAGGAGUUUGAGCCUGGAAGCCAGAGGAAGGAGCUGGAGGAAGAGGAGUCACAAAGAAACCCAGUCUGCUGGCUGGUUGCUGGUGAGGUCUUGAUUCAUCAGCAGGAGCUAUUUCCUCAGGAGAGAGACCCAGAAGGGGAACUGCUGUUCUUCAAGGCCGCGGAUCCUGUUUGCUGAUGGUCAACACACUGGCCCUGCUGCCCAUGUCCC